CUCCACAGCAACCCCCCCUACCCCGGGCACCGGCCCGCUGCGCCGUGGGACCGCGGCCAUUCCGCCCGCACCGGGAGCUGUAAUGCCAGGAGGCGAGAACGGUUUGGUAGACGGAGCGAAGAAAACGCACCCUAAGCACACUUUGAGUUAAAAAUGGAGAACUCCUUUGUGGAAGAAGUAGCUGCAUCACUCAUCAGAGAAUUUCUCAGUAGAAAGGGUUUGAAGAAAACCAUCACCACCAUGGACCAAGAGCUUCCACGUUCUGAACUUAGCAUCAAUAACAGGAACGAACUUCGGAAUGUCCUGCAUCUGCACUCCUUGUACAAACACAACAAGGCAAAGGAGAACCCACUGAAAACACUUCUUGAAAUUAUUACUAACUACUUCCUUGAGCACCGUGGGACUUCCCGAAGCAUCAGUUCGAGUUCUGCUCUGUCAGCCCCUCAAAGUAAGAGCUCAACAUCUCACCAACCCAACUUAUCAGACGAGGAUCACAUGUGUGGGAGUGCUACUACACUCGAUGAAAGCAGAACUCAAGCCCACAGAUAUAAUGUUGAGAAUUCACUAGAUAAAAUCUUUCCAUCCAGAAAACAUCAACACAAAAGUGAAAAAUGCCCCACAGGGGCAGUACACAACAGUCAGUUACUCUCUGAUGGGGAUAAGAAGUUACAAGAUAGUCGAGAAGAUUUAAAAGCAGCAACGGUUUCUGAAGAGCUGAAAUCCGCAGUGAAGGAGAAGCCAAGGCCCAGGUCUAGUCUCAUUGUCAGAGGAAUGAUGGCCGGACCAGUAGCAAGUUCACCAGAGGAUCUGCAAAAAAGGAGGCUUUCAAAACGAUCCACUAGCAUAAGCAGCACAGCACAGUUCAAGGCUGAAGAACAUGAAGGAAAUGACCUGAGUGUCCCAGGUACUGAUUUUCAGGAAAGCAAAGGAUCUUCAGCACAAGUAAAUAUAGGGUUCACAUCAAAGGUUAUGUCAAGUUUACACACAAGUUCAGCCUUUGAAAAACUAAGAACCAUUCCGAAAGAUACAGAUGACUCUUUUGCCAGUGCGCUCACUGAAAGAGAGAGGACCAAGACAGAAGAAAGAAAAUCACUUCCAAGCUUUGGUACAGACAGCAAUGAGAAAAGCCUUAAAGUGAGUGCCCCUCACAGACAUUCAGGGGCUGGAAGAGAGAAGAGAGAAAGAUCCUUCAAGAAAAAUGAGAGUCGGUUGUCAGGCCAUAGGAGGUCUCCAACAUCUACUUGCUGUAAAGAAGACCAGAUGAAAGAUGUCCUAGAAUUAGUUGAUGUUGAGGCUGAAGAAACAACUGGAGAAGUUAUUAAAAACCCGGAUCUUUCGACACUGUAUAUGCUCCAAGUAGUAUCAAAGGCAAUUGAUAUUUCUCUUGCAAAAGAGUUAAAAAAUCUUUUGUUUGGCUCUAGUCUUUGUUGCUUCAGUGAAGAAUGGAAAAUACAGAAUUUUACAUUUAAUAACAUACCACAGUUAAAAUAUGGCAUUGUGCAAAAAAAGGGUGGCCCAUGUGGAGUACUGGCUGCAGUUCAAGCUUGUGUCCUACAACGGCUUAUUUUUGCAGACAGUAAUAGGAAUAAAGACAUUCGUUGUCUUCAACCAUCAGAAGUUCACAGGACCAAAUGCCUUACCAUGGCAAUUGCAGACAUAUUGUGGCGUGCAGGAGGCAAUGAAAAAGCAAUUGUAGCACUGCCAUCAGGAAGACAGCAGUUCAUUCCCAUAGGAAAAUACAAGGCAGAUGGAAUCUUAGAAACUCUAAUACUACAUAGUGCCACAAGAUAUGAAGAUCUGGUUGUUUUUCUUCAGCAGAAUAUUCACCAGUUUGAAACUGGUCCCUGUGGGUGCAUCCUUCUGACUGUGUCUGUCAUCUUAUCAAGAUCUAUCAAUCUGGUGCGCAAUGAUUUUGACGUGCUUACAAACCGGUUGAUUGGAAGCCAUGGCUAUUGUACUCAGGAAUUGGUGAACUUGCUUUUGACUGGAAAAGCUGUGUCCAAUGUUUUCAACAAUGUGAUAGAGCUGGACUCUGGAAAUGGCAAUAUCACAAUUUUGAAAGGUAUCACAAGCCGCAGUGAUAUUGGUUUGCUGUCGCUCUUUGAGCACUAUGAUGUUUGUCAGGGGGGUAACUGACAAACAAAAGUUAAAGUGUCAUCCCAGCAAGUCAUCCAAUAAGCUAGUGGCUAAACUGGGAAGAGAAUAUAGGUCUUCUGAAUCUGUUAUUCUGAAGUAAGUAGGGUACUGGCUGAUGAAUUUGGCCAUCUUUCUGAAAUGCUUUUUUGAAAUCAUUUUAGAUAUGUGCUGUUGUACGUGAAGUAGUGGAAGUAUUCAAGGUUACUUUUGAACCUUAUCACUGAUUCUUCUUUGUCUUCACUGAUUUUCUCCUGCUUUCAACCUGCCCUGCUAUGGUAGUUAAACGUACUAUUAUCUGACCUCCCAAACUCAGCUUACUCUGAUUCCUGACGGUGUCCAAGUUUCUGCCUGAGCUGUCAGCAUUUCAAGAGACUGAUGCUUUAUAGUUUUUGCAGUUCUGAAGAUGGAGAGAGAAUGUGGCAUUGGCAAAGAAUUUAUCCUCAUUUUUCCAAUUUGUUUUCAAAAAGAGGGACAAACAUAAAUAAACAGAAUUUAUGCAUUAAAAUUCCACAGAUGGGAAAUAUUAUCUUUGGUCCUUUUGAUGCGACCAGCACACUUUGUACUAUAACAAGCCCUACUUGAAUUAUUAAAUCUAGCACACAUGCUCUGUCUUCUGGCACCUCACCUGUUUGUUUGCCCUGUGGAACGUCCUUUCUAUAACCUUUUUUUGCUGGGAAAUAUAUCUGCUAAACAGGCAUCUUUCUCAGUCAGAUGGACUGCAUUCAAGCCAGGUCAUUGGUGGGGUUGCAGAAGGGAAAGGUUUAGAAAGAGGGUUUUAACCAACUCGCUUAAGGAACCAACAACAAAAAUAUGCGUAUGCAAAAUGGAAACUGAUGGUUGGUUUUAAUUUUCCACUUAUUUUUCAAUAAUGGGUAUGUGGUGGAUACUGUGCUGUGUAGAUGCAUUCGGCAAGGGACCCUGCUGGUUAUGCAAGACAUUUUUGAUCACCACUGUGGGCAAAAAUAUGUGAUACACACAAAUUUAACUGAAACAAGGCUGACAAAGCAUUGUCCAUUUAAAAAGUCUGUUCUUCAUCCCUUGUUUUUACAUCUCCCUUUCUAGCCUGAAACCAAAAUUUUAAUGAAGUCCUAUUGUCCUCCUAGUCAUUCAUGGACAGUUAUUUUCCCAGAGGCCAGUCACUGUUGCUGGAAUAUUGGCAUUGAUUUCUUGUCAACAUCCUUACAAAUAAAAUAGAAUCACAAAGAUUUUAUUCAAGACAAUAAGAACAACAAAUCCCACAUGUUUAAAAGAGUUCUGCAUGCUUUGCAAACAGACAAAAUAGAAAAUGAAAAGUCAAAUAUUUUCCACAUGUCUCUCUAGAUUACAAAUACCUACAUGUGGAUCCAGAUUUAUCCCACCUAAUUUUAGGUCUUUGUAGGUUGAAAAUGCUUAGUUCAGUCCAGCCAACUCCCUUUAU